GUCAGGAUGUUGGGCUGGGUCCAGAAGGUGCUGCCCCAGCCUCCAGGGACCCCUCAGAGGAUGGAGGAGGAAGCAGAACCACAGCCAGAACCAGAGUUGGAGCCUGAGGCAAAACCAGAACCUGAGCCAGAGCCUCAGCUGGAGCCAGAACCUCAGCUGGAGCCAGAGCCAGAGCCAGAACCUGAAACAGUCCCUGAAGAGGAUGUGCCGGAGGUCCAGACCCUGCCACCUGAGGAGCCAAUGGAAGGGGAGGGCAUAGCUGAGGCUAGUCCUAGCCUUCAAGAGGCCCAAGAAACCGACCCUCCUCCGCUUACCUUCCAGGCCCAGGUUGCUGUUGCCAAGGUGAACAGCCCCAGUGCCUGGGUGCUGACCUGGUUCUGGAAGGGCAUGGAGAAGGUCGUGCCACAGCCUGUCUACAGCAGCAAGGGGAGCCAGAACCCGGCUGCCGGAGUGGGGGACACAGAUCAGGUUGGAGCACAUAUUCUGGGACCCUGUGGCACGGGGGAACCAGGGUCUGCAGAUGGCUCAGAUGAAGCUUCCAGGGCUCCAGACACUGAGCCCAGAAUGUGGCUCAUCAGAUGGCUUGAGCAGAAUCUGGAGAAAGUGCUGCCUCAGCCCCCCAAACCCUCCGAGGCCUGGAGAGAUGAACCUGAGGCUACUGUCUUGGACCCAGAUCCUCCAGAACCCCUGAUGGAGACAGAGCCCACAGAGAGUCCCUCCCAGCCGAACCCUGGAACUGUGGAGCCUGAGGAGGAGCCAGAUGCAGAGCCCCAGCCUGGCUUACAGACCGCUUCCUUGCCUCCACCUGGGGACCCUGUCAGGCUCAUUGAGUGGCUCCUGCACAGGCUGGAGAUGGCCCUGCCACAACCCGUGCUCCAUGGGAAAGCUGCGGAGCAGGAGCCUGGCUGCCCCGGGACGUGUGAGGUGCAGACCAGGGUGACAGCAGCUGGAGGCCUCUGAAACAAGGGAGAAGGUGACCUGGGGAGCCCAUGGACAAAUGGAUGGAUGGAUGAUGGACAGAAGGAUGCCUCAAGAGAAGAUCUUUUAGGGGGCAGUGACUGCUAACCUCCACCCUCCUUGAAUAGUGAACCCCAGGCAGGAUUGAGAAAAACAGAAUCAUGUGAAACACCAGAGCUUUUGGGGCUCUUGGCCAGGGGACAGCACCCUGACCAGAGCAAGGGCAAGGGGGACUUCCUUAUGGGAGACUAUGGAGAGUCCUAUAAAGGCCUCAAUGUUCAGUGUCUGAGCAUGCUCACACCGGGCACCUGGCACCAUCCAUACUGCUGUAGGACCCAGGUUCGCUACAAGUGGUUCUCCCAAGAUCUGUCCUAGUUCUCUUUCUGAGAGUCAGGAACUACCACUGACUGUGACAUUGUAAUUGACAUUAAAGAGUAUGACUUUGCACCUCAAAUCUGUGACUGCAUGACAUUCUUAGGACAAGUCUGAAAGAAGCCUUGGGUUUUACUUUUUUUUUUUAGAUAGGUUCUUGCUGUACAUUCCAGGCUGGCCUCCAACUCUCCAUCCUCCUGCUUCAGUCAACUGAUUGUUUGAAUUGCAAAUAUACCCCACAACGCUUUAGUACUUAGGUACUAAAGAGAGACG